AUGUGUCGGGCGCCGCGUACUCUGCAGCAGGGCGGAGCUUACGGGCGGCUGGCCGUGGGAGACGGGCUCCGGGCCAGGCUGCAGGUGCUUGCAGAGGGGCCGGAGGACGGGCCAGCUGGCCAGCAGGUGCUCAUGGCCGUGCUCGCAGCCCCUGGCUUCACCUGGGCUGUCCCCGUGGGUCCCAGCCGCAGCAGCGGCAGCACCUGGCCCCAGCUAGCGAAGGAGAGUAGGGCCACCUCGGCCUCGCGGCCGUCCAUUAACAACAGCAGGUGCUGCAAAUCAGUUAUUAAUGGGUUGUCCAAUGCUUUUUCUCCAAAGGACUUGGUGAAUUUUAUUCAAGCAAAUUUUAAGAAGCGGGAAUGUGUCUUCUUUACCAAAGAUUCCAAGGCCAUCGAUAACGUGUGCAAGUGUGGGUACGCACAGAGCCAGCACAUCGAAGGCACCCAGGUCAACCAGAACGAGAAAUGGAAUUACAAGAAGCACACCAAGGAAUUUCCCACCGACGCCUUCGGGGAUAUUCAGUUUGAGACUCUGGGGAAGAAAGGGAAGUAUUGCACAGCGUGGCUUGGCUGGGGGUCCCUUGACAGUAACAGCGGUGUCAACAGCGGGUGUCGCACCCAUGGCGGUGCUUGGAUUUUCACCGGAGGCACCCAUUAUGGCCUGAUGAAGAACAUCGGGGAGGUGGUGAGAGAUAACACCAUCAGCAGGAACUCAGAGGAGAACGUUGUGGCCAUUGGCAUAGCUGCUUGGGGGAUGGUCUCCAACAGGGACAGCCUCAUUAGGAACUGUGACGAUGAGGAGUACUUUUCUGCUCAGUACAUCAUGGACGACUUCAAGAGGGACCCUCUGUACAUCCUGGACAGCAACCACACCCACCUGCUGCUUGUGGACAAUGGCUGCCACGGACACCCCACUGUUGAGGCGAAGCUCCGGAAUCAGCUGGAAAAGUACAUCUCGGAGCGCACUAUUCAAGGCUCACAGGCCGUGCACUUAAUUAGGGCCAUCAACACCUCCAUCAAGAGCAAAAUCCCGUGUGUGGUGGUGGAAGGCUCGGGCCAGAUCGCCGACGUGCUCGCCAGCCUGGUGGGGAUGGAGGACGUCCUGACCUCGUCCGUUGUUAAGGAGAAGCUGGUGCGCUUCCUGCCCCGGACGGUGUCCCGGCAGCCGGAGGAGGAGACUGAGUGCUGGAUCAAGUGGCUCAGAGAGAUUCUCGAGAGUUCUCACCUCUUAACAGUUAUUAAAAUGGAAGAAGCUGGGGACGAAAUCGUGAGCAAUGCCAUCUCCUCCGCGCUCUACAAAGCCUUUAGCACCAACGAACAAGACAAGGAUAACUGGAGUGGGCAGCUGAAGCUCCUGUUGGAGUGGAACCAGCUGGACCUGGCCAAUGACGAGAUUUUCACCAAUGACCGCCGCUGGGAGUCCGCGGACCUCCAGGAGGUCAUGUUCAUGGCUCUCAUCAAGGACCGGCCCAAGUUCGUCCGUCUCUUCCUGGAGAACGGCCUCAACCUGCGCAAGUUCCUUACCAACGACGUCCUCACCGAGCUCUUCUCCAGCCACUUCAGCACCCUGGUGUACCGGAACCUGCAGAUCGCCAAGAAUUCCUACAACGACGCGCUGCUCACCUUCGUCUGGAAACUGGUGGCCAACUUCCGCAGAGGCUUCCGGAAGGAGGACAGGAGCAGCAGGGAGGACCUGGACGUAGAGCUUCACGAUGUGUCCCCGAUUACCCGGCACCCCCUGCAGGCCCUCUUCAUCUGGGCCGUCCUGCAGAACAAGCGGGACCUGUCCAAAGUCAUCUGGGAGCAGACCAGGGGCUGCACGCUAGCCGCCCUGGGGGCCAGCAAGCUCCUGAAGACGCUGGCCAAGGUGAAGAACGACAUCAACGCUGCCGGGGAGUCCGAGGAGCUGGCGAAUGAGUACGAGACCCGCGCUGUUGAGCUGUUCACCGAGUGCUACAGCAACGACGAGGACCUGGCGGAGCAGCUGCUGGUCUACUCCUGCGAGGCCUGGGGGGGCAGCAACUGCCUGGAGCUGGCGGUGGAGGCCACAGACCAGCAUUUCAUCGCCCAGCCCGGGGUGCAGAACUUCCUUUCCAAGCAGUGGUACGGGGAGAUUUCCCGAGACACCAAGAACUGGAAGAUCAUCCUGUGCCUGUUCAUCAUUCCUCUGGUUGGCUGCGGCUUUGUGUCGUUCAGGAAGAAGCCCGUGGACAAGCACAAGAAGCUCCUGUGGUACUACGUGGCCUUCUUCACCUCCCCCUUCGUGGUCUUCUCCUGGAACGUGGUCUUCUACAUCGCCUUCCUCUUGCUCUUCGCCUACGUGCUGCUCAUGGACUUCCACGCCGUGCCGCACCCGCCGGAGCUCGUCCUGUACGUGCUGGUCUUCGUCCUGUUCUGUGACGAAGUGAGACAGUGGUACAUGAACGGGGUGAGCUACUUCACCGACCUGUGGAACGUGAUGGACACGCUCGGGCUUUUCUACUUCAUCGCGGGCAUCGUGUUCCGGCUCCGCCAUUCUGACAAAACCUCCCUGUACUCGGGGCGAGUCAUCUUCUGCUUGGAUUACAUCAUAUUCACGCUGAGGCUCAUCCACAUCUUCACUGUGAGCAGGAACCUGGGGCCCAAGAUCAUCAUGCUGCAGAGGAUGCUGAUCGACGUCUUCUUCUUCCUGUUCCUCUUCGCCGUGUGGAUGGUGGCCUUCGGCGUGGCCCGGCAAGGGAUCCUCCGGCAGAACGAGCAUCGCUGGACCUGGAUUUUCCGCUCGGUCAUCUACGAGCCCUACCUGGCCAUGUUCGGCCAGGUGCCCAGCGAUGUGGACAGCACCACCUACGACUUCUCCCACUGCACCUUCACGGGGAACGAGUCCAAGCCCCUGUGCGUGGAGCUGGAUGAACACAACCUGCCGCGCUUCCCCGAGUGGAUCACCAUCCCGCUGGUUUGCAUCUACAUGCUCUCCACCAACAUCCUGCUGGUCAACCUGCUGGUCGCCAUGUUUGGCUACACGGUGGGCAUCGUGCAGGAGAACAACGACCAGGUGUGGAAGUUCCAGCGCUACUUCCUGGUGCAAGAGUACUGCAACCGCCUCAACAUCCCCUUCCCCUUCGUGGUCUUUGCCUACUUCUACAUGGUGGUCAAGAAGUUCUUCGCCUGCUGCUGCACCAAGACAGACACGGAGUCCUCGGCCUGCUGUUUCAGGAAUGAAGAUAAGGAGACCCUGGCAUGGGAGGGGGUCAUGAAGGAGAACUACCUUGUCAAGAUCAACACGAAAUCCAACGACACCUCAGAGGAAAUGAGGCAUCGAUUUAGGCAACUGGAUACAAAGCUUAAUGACCUGAAGGUUCUUCUGAAAGAGAUCUCCAAUAAAAUCAAGUAAAACCUUGUGGGCUCGAGUGGAGAGAACACUACUUAUAGCAAGGUGAUACUAAACAUCAAGCGGAGAAGACUCAAGGAAGGUGGAUGGACCAUUUUGGAACUUACCCCUAAGUUACAAUGGUCAGGUCCCUGUGUGCACAGAGGGUGACUUUCAUGACCCCAUGUGUGCUCAGACCUGAGAAUAAAACGAGUGACGGACGCACGAGCACGUGGGUCGAGGGAAGACUGUUCCACGGUGUGCUUCACCCACGCCCGUCUUGUUACUUUCCGAAUCUCAGCGCUGGCUCUUGGUGUUGACAGUUCUGCUGUGUGUUCCUAUGGUUCCUCUUCCUCCGCUUCUCUUAUUUUUGACCCUUGCUUAUCAUGGAACAUGUCUCCUAGGAAUAAGAAUGCCUUUUCUCCUUGUAUUGUUAGUUUGUUUCUCUCUUACUGAUUCUUGACUAUUUCCUUUUCUUCCCCUUUGCAUUAUGUGACAGAUUCACUGGGCUUGUUGUUAAAAAAUCUAAAUCAAAUGAGAGUCGAAAACACUUCCUAGCCAGAAGACCCUGCCAUUUUCAGGCGAAACUAUUUUCAUUUUUCAUGGUGGCUUCUAUUAUGAAAGGGGGUGCAGACGCGCUUCUCACGAUGCCUUUUAUUAUCAAAGGGGGUGAAAAGCAGCAUCCUUCCUCUCGCUCUCCCAGGAGCGCCAAUCCAAUCAAUGUGAAACAUCCCACAGUGGACCUUCGAGGUGGCAGUGGCUUUGUUUUCAUUCGGUGCUUCUCUUUAUUCUCUUCUGUAUUAUUUUUCCACUGAAGAUGAUGUGUGGAUAUGAUAGAAAAUGUAGACUACAUCAAUGUAAGCAUAUAAAUAGUCCCACUACCUAAAGAUAGUUAACAUUUCAGGAUGUUUUUCCAAAUCCAUUUUUUUCUAGGAGUGUUUUAUUUCCCUUUUAAAUUUUUACAUGGUGCCAGCGUGCCACGUCUACGAUUUUGUAUAAGCUUUUUCACUUAAGACUUUCUCAAGGUACCGCCUUUAUAUUCACGAUCUUCUUAAACAUUAGAUUAGCGCUUGCAUAAUCAAUCCACCUUCUGGUGACGUCAUCAGGCUGGUCCUCUAGGUUGCUUGUGUUUGAUUGGUCAGUGGGAUGAGCAUCUUUGCAAUGAAUCUGUUUCAGCACUUGGGAAGAGUUCCCCAUGGCUUUCUUCCUGGGAAGACCCACUGAUUAUUACUGCAUGUGUACGGCUUCUCCAUAAAUAUCUAGCAAAUAAGAAUUAUUACCUUGAGCAUAAGAUAGGUGAUACAUGAACUUAGAACGCUUCAUAUAACACAUUCUAUUUAAUCCUUAGUUUAGAAUGAAGCUAAGAUACUCAUUUAAAUAGGGAUGGUGGAGGCGACAGCAUAGAACAGGAGAGGUUAUCUUAUUGAACACCUCUAUCUCCCACUUUCUCUGGAACUGGUGGUAUCUUUACCCAAAAGAGAUGUGCUGGAAAUACCUAAGGUAAUCUCAAUGUCCAUAAUUGGUCUUUUGAGUGGCUAUAAACUCAAUGGUUAAAGAAGGCAAACUUAGAAGGGAGCUAUUCAAAGAUUGUUGAACUAGAAAAUCUGUAAAAGCAUGAACUAAAAAAGAAUUUUUAAAAUGUUGUCUGGGAAGUAGUCAAAAUGACUACCCACCACAUUUGUAACAUUUACAGAGAAGGCACAAGGAUGGAAGAAGGUCUCUCUGUUCUACCCAGUCAUGGCCUAGAGUGGAAUUUCAUUCAGUAGGUCAGUAGAUCAACCAACUCAUGGCUCUGGAUGCUGAGAGCAGGUGUACUGAAAUUCAUACAAUGAAAAUUGGCAAUGAGUGGAAAUUUUGUGAGAGAACGUCAUUUUCAUUCACCGUGGCAACAAGACUCUGCCUUUCUGAAACCACCCAAAAGGGGCGUAUGGCCACCGCACUCACGAGAGAAAUCAAGCGUGUGGACUGUACCUGAAAUUGUACCAAGACAAGCAUCCAUCCCAACCUCUCACCCUCGCCCAGGCAAGGAAUUUGAGUGGAAUCAAGACAGAAUCAAGCAUCGCCCUUUCCCACCCCCUUACGUGAGCUUGUCCAUAAACUCACAUUUCCAUUUAUUGUGCUUCCACUCAGGACCUGGGCUCAUCAGACGCAGGGAUCACUCGGACGAGAGGGGACUGUCAGCGUUUUCAACUCAGCAUGUCUGGACGUGUCUUCGCGUAGUCCCUCUGUGGUUUUUGCAAAUGCAAAGUCAUUGUUCUGGGUGUAGAUGAUGAAAAUAGCACACAUGCCGAGCGUCCCUUUCGUCAAGAUGCUGUGUCUGGUACUAAGUGUGUCCUCCCAACGUGGCCACCACUGCUGCAGUCCUGCGGUCUGCUGAAAAUGAGUGUGCUGGUGCGUGAAGCUGCGAGAGGGUGCUAUGUGUCGCUCCUGUCACACUAUUGAGACUGAAAAAAUAAAAUGUCUUGGCUCAGUCA